CCAAUAAGCUAAAAAGAAAAAAGAGUUAAUUAGAGAAGAGACACUUGAAGUAGCUAUUUAUUUGAGUAUAUAGUUGAAAGCUUAUUGCAAAUUAGAAAUUAGAUGGAAGUUGUUGAAGAUGAUUUGUUCUUUGCAGACUUGAGUCAAAGGAUCUCCCUGUUGAUCAUGGAUGAUGAUGAAGACCCUACUCUUCACUUGCCUCCUGUUUCUUUCCAGGCUCUCUCUCAAGCAAUCCAUCCAAUCCAUAACCAUCAACCAAGUUUUCAUGAUCAAAACGCUAGAAGAGAAAUCAAAGGAACCGGAGUAUUCAUCCCACGAUCUUCGACUAAUCCAAGAAGGAGUAAGCAAUCAAGAUCAAAGUCCUCAAACACAAGAGUUCAAACUCAAAGGCAUAUUGAUACUUCAAGUGGACAUUUUUCUCAUGAAACUUACUACAAUCACAAUACAACUAACCCUUCUUACAAUUCUUUAAAUCAUAAAAAAUGCUAUUAAUUAACAUCAAUCAAUUAGCUAUAUAGUACAAUAAAUUUCUAUACAAGUGGAUGUACAUGCAACAUCAAUUCAUCAUCUAAUGUGUAAGUGUGUAUUUAAUUAAUAUUUGUUACAUCUAUUUUUAUGGAAAGAUAAGUGAUUUUUCUUCUAGCUCUUGAAACCCAUGAGCCUCAUCGUGCACUAUAUAUUGAUGGUGCAUUAGAAGUAGAAGAACUUCGCUCCCGUACGUGUCAAUAGAAUUUUGUCAACAAUAAUUGAUUUUAAGUAAUCUUGUAACCCCGUAAUAUUGUAACCCCGUGAUUAUUAUUAUAUAUAUAUAUAUAGUGUUGAUUGAAUAAAA